AUGAAGUACUCUCUCGUCUUCCUCGCCGCUGCCGGCCUCGUCGCCGCCCAGGAGACCUCGCAGCCUCCUCUGUUCACCUCGCAGCCCCCUCUGUUCACAUCUCAGCCUCCCCUGGUCACCAUCCCCGCUGGCCUCGAGUCCGGAGCCGUGAGCUCUGCUGCACCCACCUCGGGCGGUGACUCUGGCUCAUCUGCUGCCAACCCCAGCUCCUCCGCAGACGGCACCGCCAUCGCGAGCAGCGCCGCCAGCUCCCUCGUCGGCUCCCUCACCUCGGCCGUCCCCACCACCUUCGCCUCCAUCCAGAGCUCCAUCUCGGGCGACCUCUCCAGCCGCCUGUCCAGCGCCUCCGGUGACGUCUCCAGCCGUCUCUCCAGCGCCUCUGCCGACCUGUCUAGCCGCGCGUCCAGUGCCUCCGACGCCAUCACCAGCGCCUCGGGUGCCCUCUCCAGCGCCCUCUCCAGCAUCCGCGAGUCCAUCACCGGCUCCGAGUCCGAGAGCGCCACUGCCACCAACAGCGACGAGUCCAGCACCGCCACUGAGAGCGCCGCUGAGACCUCCACUGACGCUGGAAGCGGUGUCGGCAAGCCCGUGGCUGGUGCUGCUUUUGCCCUUCUCGUCGCUCUCCUUGCCCUGUAA